AAAUGGCUAAUUUGCAGUCUAUGAUGUGCCUCGGGCGCAACGUUGAGAAAAAAUGUGAAAAAGUUCUUUUGAUUAUUUUGUACGUGGUGUUUUUUAUCGUCUUCGCUACGUUUGUCGUUACGGACGGAAUCGGAAAAAUUCUGCAGACAGAUUACUGGAAUAAAACUUUACGAAAUGAUACAUCGUGACUUACCGGUGUGACGGCUAAACAAAAACAGUAAGUUGAGUCCCCAAACUCCGCAAAUGGUGUUCGACGGGAAACAGGUCCCACCAUCAGUUCUUCCCGGGUUUGCCAAGUUCCAAGGAAUGGAAAAGCUCAGCCUCAUCGAUUGUAACCUUUGGUCCUUAGAGGGGAUGCCACGCCUGCCUAAUCUUCGUGUACUCAUGUUGGGCGACAACCACCUAGAGGACCUGAGCCUCAUACCCGCGUGCUUCCCCAACUUGGAGAAGUUAUCCAUCGUCGGGAACAAGCUCGGGCAUCGCGAUGAACUGGAACCGUUGACGCGUCUUCCAAAGCUGCGCGCACUCGAUGUCGAAGGCAACGAGCUGUGCGAAAUCCGCGGUCACGAUCGCUGGAUGGUGGAUACCUUCCCUCGGGUCAAACGGUUCAUCAUCACGGCUUAUGAUGUCGACAGCGAUGAAGAAGAUAACGACGACAUUUCCUGGUUUCUCAGCGACGAAGCUAUGGAUGCGGAUAACGAGAAUGAAGAGGAUACCGAUACCGAAGAUGAUGAAGGUUUUGUCUUUGAUGGACCAGGAAAAUCAGUGCCAGAGGUCAUCACGAUCGAUUAGUGUUUUGAAACUGUAAGCAGAGUUUUGGCAUUUGGUUUUUCUCUCUGCAAUGAUUUUUUAUUUUUCUGGGUCCUCGCGGUGGACUUUCAUAAUAUUAGUUCCUUGCUAUUAUUCUUUCUUUUUUAUUAUUUCGCUCUUGCCGGGACUUAUGUCUGCGUUGGAAAGCAAAAAUAUCAAAAUAUUCGAUUAUUGUGCUGCGACGUGACAGCGUAGAGUAAUAUGAUAGUUUCCUAUU